AUGCGGUCAGAUCAGUUCUUGAAGCAGGAGAAUAUUCAGACAUCUAGGUAUUCGGCUCCAGAAUAUCUUGAGAAUGGGACAGUGUCUACUAAGACAGAUGUGUACUCAUUCGGUGUGGUUCUACUCGAGCUGAUAACUGGGCAGAAGACCAUGGAUGAGAAGCUGGGCCAGCAAGGCUUUUUGACAUGGGCAAGAACACUUCUCAAACAAAGGAGGUACUUAGAGCUAGUUGAUCCCAGAAUUGCUAAUUCCCAUAACGUCUUCCAGCUUUACAGGAUUGCCCAACUGGCACAAAAAUGUCUAAGCAAAAAUCCCAAGAAAAGAUUAUCCAUGGAUAAGGUGGUUUCUACUCUUGAAGACAUAACAGAAUGCAAACCAAGAAUUUUAAAUAAAGAUCAUCGUCCAUUAAAAUCAUAUUUGCCAUACAAUUGUGUGAAGACAGUCGAACCAGAAAGUUGUUACGAAGAUGUGGAUGUGAGAAGUCAGAUGAGAAGUAGAUCUUUACCGGCAAACGUUUGCACAUGCCACAGCUUUCGUAAUGAUCGAAAAACCUAUAGACUUGUGAGAGCAAGAACAGAAAGCGCAAGUCAAGUGCAUUAUUGA